GAAUGUUUCCCCCCUCAGAUAACCUCCGUCCUGCAGUCAGCACGGACCUCCACCUCCCGGUGAUGGAUCAAGAAAGCUCUGACUGUCUUCUAAACGUCGCUGAGCUGCAGCUAUGAGUUAGAGAGCAGCAUGAAGGAAGGACGCUGUAGGGUAAAAACCCAGAACAUCACUGACAUCAUCUCCAGGUUUUCCUUAAGGUCAACAUCAGUGCUAAAGGGAAACAAUCUGUCAGAGAACAUUUCAGCUGUGAUUUCUGCUGAAAACGACACUUUCUUAUACUUUAUGUUUAAAAAAAUAAAGAGAGAGCAGCAAGAACUGCUGAGGCUUUCUCCACAAUGAGCGGAAGCCACGCGUCUCCUGGCUCUGGGAUCGAACUCUCGGGGUUUGAGUCUGGUCACUUGAAAACGUUUCUCUGCAGGAAACCAGUUUGCCCUAUCAAGACAAAGCACGCUUCCUGUAGAGGAGGAGGAGGAGGAGCGGGAGGACGAAGGGUGAGGCCAGCAUCUGAGAGCAGAGCUGCUAUCGCGGAGUAUCUGCGAGGUGACGAGAGCCGAAGAACCGAACACCAGAAAGAGACUUCAAAAAACCGGAGAACAAAGGAGGAGGCAGGAGCCGCGGGGGCCGGUAAGAAGAACGGAUUCCUGACGGCUCGAUGGGAUUUCACGGCAGAAAGACAUAGCUACCUUAGAGGGGGCGGGGCUUGGAGAGAUGCCAGGUGUGCUUUUCUUCUGCUGGACGUCCGUGUGGACGUUGGUCUUCCUGCUUCCAGAAGCCCCGGCAGAACGGUUUACCCUCAGCGAUUUCCCAGCUUCCUUUGCUCAGGCCAUGCAGGCGUGCUCCCCUGGCGUCCUGGCCAGCCUCGCCAACGAGGAGGACGUCCGGCGAAUCGCAGAGCUCCUCAAAGGUUCAGCACCAGCAGAGAAGACGUUCUGGAUCGGGCUGAGGAAGAAUAAAAACGAAUGUGUUUCUCGGAUUCACCCCCUGCGAGGAUUCCGGUGGGUGGAGGACAAUGGUCAGGUCACGCAGGUGAGGAGGUGGGUGAAGGAGCCGAAGCUCACCUGCAUUGAGGCCAGGUGCGGCGCCGUCACCCAUGAGUUUGUGGGGUCUGAAGUGCAGCUGGGUCUUCUUCCCGACUCCUGCAAAAACACGCACCGCUUCAUCUGUAAGCAGAAAGACGGACCGACAGACGGCAGACCCACCAGCACACCUGCACCAACAGAACCAGAACCGACGACACCUGGAAUCAGACCUGCAACCAUAAAACCCACUCCAGCGGCACCGCGGCCGGGCACAGGUGCCAAGUCCGCCUCAGGCCCUUGUCACCUUCCUCAAAUCCCCUACCGUGCGGUCGUCAUGGACUCGCCAAACAGCACCAAGAUACAGCUGGAGUGCUGGUCUGACAUCACCGUGGACCUGGUGUGUCACGGCCGGCCCCUGACAUGGCGAGUCCUCGACGGUUCCCCGGCCAACUUCAGCACCCUCUGCCAGCCGUGUGACCUCGGUUUCCAGAAGGACGCCUCAGCACGCUGCGUGGACGUGGACGAGUGCAACAUCAGCACGCCGUGCCAACACGCCUGCAUCAACACGCCGGGCUCGUACAGGUGCAUCUGCGCCAACGACACAGAGGCGGACGGCGCCACGUGCGGAAACGCCAGCGAGGACGCCGGCGAGGACGACAACAAGGCGUUCGGGUUGCUGGUACCAGUGCUGGUCGGGACAGCGGCACUGAUCCUGUUGGUGGCGGCGGUGGUGACGGUGAAGUGCUGCAUGAUGAGGAGGUCCAAGAAACGGGCCAAGUCUGAAACUGAGAAGAUGAGGAUGAGGAGCGAGACAGCCAAUGAGAAAGAGGCAAGAUGAAGGGGCGGGGCCUGUCCAGUUACUUCAGCAGGAAA